CCAAACACUGUCUUUAUAAAGCAAUUCUGCCAAAAAUUUAUAUACCGAUUCGAUAUUAACAAGAGAAAUUUGAGUGCUGCGUUGAUUUUUAUCGAGAGAGAGAAGCAAAAAGGCGUCAGCUCAGCCGCACAAGUCACACCGGAGAGCCAUCAGAGUGCGAGAGGAGAGAGACGAUCGUGGGAUCUUAUUUCGUCCUUUUACGCACACCUCAUCCCUCCGCCGUUAUCUGAUCUAGCUCCGAUCAUAUGGAACUUGAGUCUCUGCCGUCUAGAUGUGAAAUAUUCACUUUGUAGUGGUUUUAGCUGGCUGCAAGAUGUGGAAUUUUGCAUCAAGUUGUUUAGCUGGAAGUAUAGGGCCAAAGAAAGGUGUGUUGAAGCCAGCACGAGAUUCAUUGGACUGCUCCGAUGAUGAAGUUUCUUCUAUCACCAGCAGAGAGGAGGAAGGCCUGGAAUGCCCAAUAUGCUGGGAAUCCUUUAACCUUGUUGAAAACAUACCCUACGUUUUGUGGUGUGGACAUACUUUGUGCAAAAACUGCAUACUAGGACUACAAUGGGCUGCUGUGAAAUUUCCUACUUUACCUCUUCAGCUCCCACUCUUUGUUUCCUGCCCCUGGUGCAAUCUAUUAUCACUGCGCUUGGUUUAUAGGGGGAAUCUGAAAUUUCCUCGUAAAAACUUCUUUCUUCUUUGGAUGCUUGAGAGCAUGAAUGGUGACAGAGUGAAAUCUCAUUCCACCAUCUGUAGGGAUCAUCAAGCAGUUUGGCCAUCAAGCACGAAAGUGACAGGAAGCCAUACAGGGAAUAACCAGAGGAGGGGGCAUCACUUUCAUCAUUCUGAACAAUCAGGAUCAGUUCAUGAUGGGCAUCAGCUUAACGGUUAUCAUGCGAUUGGGAGGCUGCAUUUGUCCCUCAAGAGGUCCCUUGUUUUCUUUGUUCACUUGACAGCCAAGUUCCCUCUUGUCAUCAUGUUUCUUCUCAUCAUCUUGUAUGCAAUUCCGGCCAGUGCAGCCAUCCUGGCACUGUACAUUCUCAUUACAGUUGUCUUUGCUCUUCCGUCUUUCCUCAUUCUGUACUUUGCAUACCCAACCUUGGAUUGGCUAGUGAGGGAGAUCAUUGCAUGAUAUCCACUUUUCUCAUUCUCUUGGUGCCUUACGAGAUCCCUCUUGGCAUCUGCAAGAUAAGCACUGUUGGCUUGAAACUUUUGGCAUCCUGGCAAUCCCACCACGCCGGGCUUUUUGCACUAGCAAUAUAUCUCUUUUAUCUCCUUAAAUUAACUGCUCCAUUCCAAGAAUCAAUUUGUUAAUGCUGCUGUGGAACUGGUUGGGUAGUUAGUGUUGAUCUUUUUACUUCAGAGUGGGGAACAAUUUUGUCCUACUAGUGUCAUUUGUUCUUUGUAGCAGUAGUUCUAGCCCAGAAUGGUGGCUCUGCUUUCAUUAUGGUUUUGUCAUAAGACUGUAUGGAACUCUAUUGCUUGAUGUACAUAUAAGUUAAAUAUUUGCAUUGUGGGCAGAACGGGUGGAUUGCAUUUGUUUCUAAAACUGAGGGUAAGAAGUUUUCAACUGCAAAUACAAUCAUCUACAUCCUACAGUACAGUCGACCUUAACCAAAAAAAAUGAAUGUUUAGUUAAAGAAGUUCUGGGAAGUUCACUACAUUCAUGUCAUCCACGAAAAAACUCAUGAGGUCAUCCACUUAAAAUACACAAAAAAAAAAAAGGAAAUCCAAAAAUUCCAACUAGGAUAAAAUGAACAUCAACCUCCCACGUGUUGCAAUAUUAACCUUGAACUUAGAAAUGU